AUGGAGACACGGCAGCAGCAGCAGCUGCUGCAGCGGCUGCAGCAGCAGAACCCAGAUCUUGCUGCUCAGCUGCUGCUGCAGCUGCAGCAGCAGCACGCGAAGCAACGCAUGCUGCGGCAGCAGCAAGCCAGACACAAGUGGGCCAGGCUAGCAGCGAGGUUUGGGGGCAAAGACAUGCAAGCAGAAAUCAGCAGACAGCAACAACGCGGGCUGGAUGAGCGUCGAGCGUUAGAAAAGGCGGUGAAGGGGCAGCAGCAAAGCGACGCAAGCGAAGAAGAGGGCCCCGGCAGCGGCGGCGAUGAGUCUGAUGAGGAGACAGCAGAGCCAAAGACAGCAGGAGAGAAGCUGCAUGCACUGCGCGCAGCAACAGCAGCAGCAGCAGCAGCAGGAGCAGCAGCAGGAGCAGCAGCAGCAGCAGAAGCUGCAGAUACACCUGAACUGCCUACAAAGGGUCUAUUUGGCCUCCCCUUUGUCAGGAGGGGGAUAGAAGCAGCAAGAAAAGAAGCAGCAGCACUGCAUGCAAAGAUAGAGAGAAGGAGACAGCAACGAGCAGCAGGCAUACCCACCAGCAGCAGCAGCAGCAGCAGCGGCAGCAGCAGUGAGGAAGAAGACAGCAGCAGCAGCAGCAGCAGCAGCAGCAGCAGCGACAGCGACGACGGAGAGGCUGAAGAAGCAGAAGCAGGGGAGAGUGCUGCAGCAGCACGCAGCAGGAGAGCAGCAGCAGCAGCAGCAAAGCUGCGUGUGUCUGCUGCGAAGCAAAAGAAGAAAAACAAGAAAGCAGCAGCAGCAGCAGCAGCAGCAGCUGCUGCUGCUGCUGCUGCUGCACCUCCCCCAGUAGAUAAAGAAGAACUGCAGCAGGCGGAGACCCUUGUCUCCUCUGUCUUAGAGAAGGCAGCAGAGAAUGAGCCCACUAAGACGCUGCAGGAAGGCUUGGAAGACUUCGUAGGGCUUUUGCAAGAAUGA